UUACAUUUUAUAUUAGGCCUGCUUUUAUUUCAGAUAAAGAUGGAGAUUGAAUCUCCGCCCCUUACUGUGCCUCCUCAGCUACCACCACAACAGGAACAAUUGUCAGGUGUGGCGGUUGUUAUCAUUAUCGGUAUAGGUGUACAGACAAUUAUUAUUCUGUUUAUAUUCUCGAAACGACAGAUAAACCGGUUUUCCCUUCGGGGGCGUAGAGGUCCCCAUGUCUCGGUUGGACAAGGUGGACUGAAGCCUCUACGGAAAGAGAUAGAUCGAAGGAUCGAGUAUGCGGCACACAUUAGAUUUGAACCUAGAACUCAACCUAUGGAUAAUACUGAAUCAAGUGAGAAUAUUAGGUUCAGAGUUGCAGCUGUUGAUAGAGUAUCUGAGUUGGACAGAUUACUGGGAGUGUAUGAUCCUGAAUACUGGAGACCUGCAGGCGCUAACCUUAGAUCUUUUCUUAUCGACUGUUUGGCUGGCCCAUUAGUAGGAAUAGAACCAAAGAAAAUCCAUAGUUUCUGUGACCUUUACGAGGCAGCCCGUCACAGUUAUAAACCUUUUCUGCAGCAGGACCUUGACAAGUUUAUUCAAGCACUUCAAGCACUUAAAUCUCAGGUGACGUUUAAUACCAGCAAUAAACCUACAACACCUAAGAAAGGGCUGGGGACUCCGGUUCACAGACGAGCUGUGAACCGGCCACGUCGACGAUUGGUCGGGAUGGAAGGAGAAGAUUGUACUGUAGUAAUAAACAGGAAUUCGUCCACGGUUCUUCUUACUGUUGAUUCACUUACUACAACCCACAGCACCUCGGUAUAAACCGAUCACGGCCAAAGCUAAGAAAUUUACAUUUUCUCCUUAAACCUGGAAAUCUUCGCUUGGGGUUUUAACUUUCAAUGCAACUGAACUAUAAUAUUUUCGUCGUCUGAAUUAAAUCCUUGAUAAGUUAUGUAUAAACCAAUUUUUUUGACCAAAUUUAGUUUAAUAUUUAUAAUUUCUUAACCGAAUUUAGUAUUAUAUUUAUAAUUUUCCGUUCAGAUUUGGAGGAUUUUUAUUACUUAUACUUUAGAUAUUUUUAAGGUUAUAUAUUUUAGUAACCAAUUAUAUCCCUUUGUUCCCUGGAGCACCUUUUUUUACUGCUGAAUGUUUUAAGGGAAAAUAAAUAAUUUUUUUGGGGGUAAAAAUCAAAAAGGGGAAACAACUUGCCACUUGCGGUUCAACUUUAAUUGUUCCCUCUUAUCUUUAAAACUAAUUGGUUCAAAACAUUUAAAUAUUUGCUCAUAAUUGAUGUCUUCUUUUAGUAUUCUAAAAAUAACUUAUCGAGCUUUUGUUGAAAACUUUUAUCAAUUGUACAAAUAAGAUAUAUAUAAGAUAAUGUACAGUUUCUGUCAUAUGAACAAUAAUUAAUGAAAUGUAUAAUAUUAUAUGAUUGUUUCAGA